AUGUCGCCCUUUGCCUCCCCAGCCAGGAACUGGGCCAGGGGCCAGCCUGCCACGCAGUCCUCCACCUACCCGCAGUGGGGCACCGUCUACAGCCAUGCAGGGAGCGCCGUAGAUGGCAACCGCGACGGAGACUGGCGUCACGGCUCCUGCAGCCAUACCCUGGCGGAGGAAGAGCCCUGGUGGAGCCUGGAUCUGGGUGCCUCCUACGCCAUCUCGGCCGUGGUGGUGAAGAAUCGCCAGGAGUGCUGCUCCGGGCGGCUCAAGGGGGCCCAGAUCCGCGUGGGAGAGUGUGGGGUCAACCACGGCAAGUGCAAUCCAAUCUGUGGGACCAUCUCCAAUGGCAGCGCCGGCUCCCUCAGCGUUAUCUGCUGCGGUGGACUACGAGGGCGCUACGUGACGGUGGUCAUCCCUGGCCGAGCAGAGUACCUGACCCUCUGUGAGCUGGAGGUCUACGGCUCCCAAGUGGAGAAGGGCUGCUAG